AGUUCAGUCGACAAGCGACCGCCGUGGACAAAACAACGCAGCAAUCGCAUCGCGAUAUUGCCUUACUACCAGAUAUAUACAUAUAUAUGUACACACACUUUAUAUUUUAAAAUCAGAAGCGCGCGAGGGCGUCAUACAGAUAUAAAUAUAUAGAUAUAGAUAUAGCCGCCGAUCGACCAGUGGUUAUUUUUUGCCUUAUUUUUUUGUGACAAUCGCGACAAGUGUUUAAAAAUAGUUGCCCAGCUAAACUCCCCCGCCAACCACCAAAAGCAGCAACAAUAUGGUCGAGACCGUGGUCAACAUCGAACGCACAACAACAACAACGACGAACGGUCCGCCCGGUGGGGCAAACCCGGCCGUCGGAAGCAAUGGCGGUUUCGGAAGCGCCAUCCGCCUCAACAUCGACUAUUUCCGCACCACCCCGGGAAUUAUCAAAAUUGUUGAGUUUGUGCUGGGCAUUAUCUGCAUGGCCCUGGCCUCUCCGCCCCUGACCUCGGCCACCUCGUUCUUCAUGUUUGUGAUCGUGCUCUCGUUCAUCAUCACCAUUCUGCUGAUUGCCGCCUACUUCUUGGGCAUUCGCGAGGCCCUCAAUUUGAACAUCAACUGGAUAUUUGCUGAGCUGAUCACCACCGCCGUGCUGACGCUGCUGUACUUCAUCGGAUCCAUCGUCCAGCUGGCCAGGUGGUCGGAUGUUAUUGGCAAGGGUGCCGGCUCUAAUACGGCUGCCGGAGCUAUCGGACUAUUCAACUUUGUGGCCUACGCGGCGGGCGCAGUCUUCCUGUUCUUCGCCCACAGGUCCGGGGCCACCCACUAAGUCCGGCGAACUCAAGGCUGGAUCUUAGCGUAGAAUAAUAUCUAAUUGUUUACAGAAUAAGUGCAGUUUGCUUACUUGUAAUUUCGCCUCUUAUUUUUUGUCAACGUAUUAUUGUUUUUGUUGUUAAUUUAUGCGAGGACAUAUGCAAAUCGACACGGCAUGUGCGGUCAGCUCAAUGGAAAGCCAAGCCUUUCUCGACUUGAUGAGUUCUUAAUGUUAUUUUAAUGCCUAACUAACAUUUAAGUUAAAACCCACCCGCACAAGAACACAUCUAUGUCUAAGACUAGGGUGGGCGCUCCAAAGAAAUUGAAAAUAUUUAUAGAUGUCGGUGAAAUAGUUAUUGUAUACGUCUUAAUUUUAAAAGUAUAAUGAGUAAUACUUAUUUAGCUCAAAAAAAAAAUGUGGAACUAACAGUCCCACAAAUAUUUUUCGGAAAAUAUAAUUAGUCUUUAAAAAUAUUUCAGCCCUACAAUGGUUUGUAUUUAUUUUCUUCUAACUUUUUUAAUGCAAUUAUUUUGGUUUGUUAUAAUAUCUUUGUUCCAAUACUCCGACAAAAAAAAAUCACACUUUAAACACGCUUAAAAUUAUUGUUAAUUCAGGUUAAGAAAAAACAAUUUAUAUCGUUAAACGAAAGUGCUAGCCAGCUAGGAGAAAGGAAAACAAUUGUAGUAAACUUGAGAAAAUCUUAGUUAAAAGCGGCCCACCCUAGUCAAUACACACAUGCACCUAAAAACAAAAGAAAGAAAAACAACCACGCGACGAAAAAAAAACAAAGAGCGCGCAACAAAGAUUUAAGUUCAAUAAAUUAUUUGUAUUUUCUCAA